AUGUGGCGGGAUCGCACCAACCUAUACCUCUCCUACCGCCAAUCCCUAAUCCAUCGCCCAGCCAAAAAGCCACAAUUCACACCAACAAAUGGCUUCCCCGACACACCCUCGCACCCGGAGGAAAACUGGCACCUAAUACCCGAAACAGACGAAGAUGGCGACAUGGUCAUCGAGAUGGACCUUCUCCCACCGCGCUGGGUCGACGUGCAGGAAGAGGUCUCCGAGCUAUUAUCCGAGAUCGCCCAGAACUCCGCCCAGCUGGACAAACUACACCAAAAACACUUGCUCCCUGGAUUCGGUGACGAGGACUUGCGCAGGCAGGAUGAAGGCGUCAUUGAGCGCUUGACGCAGGAUAUCACGCGCUCUUUUCAUAAUUGCCAGCGCUCUAUCAUGCGCAUCGAGACCAUGGUGGGCGAGUCUAAGGCGCAUGGUGGUGUUACCAGUGGAGAGGAGACUAUGGCGAAGAAUAUUCAGAUAUCGCUUGCUGCCAGGGUGCAGGAGGCUAGUGCCAGGUUUAGGAAGAAACAGAGUACUUAUUUACGGAGUAUGGGACCCUUCUUUCUUUUUGUGUUCUGGUUCUGGUUCUCUUCCCGCGGAGCCGGGAUCGAAUUACGAGACCUCGAGGGUAUCGCGACGCCAUUUGAUGGCACGCCUACGCAGGCCCAGAACCCAUACACGGAUCCGUCGAUGAUGGAGUCAGAUGCUGAUAGGUCAUUUUCGCAGACGAUGUUGCAGCAGACUUCGCAGCGGCAGACCGGCCAGAAUGAUGCUGCUAUUGCGCAGCGGGAGCGAGAAAUCAACGAUAUCGCGAAGGGAAUUAUUGAGCUCGCGGAUAUAUUCCGUGAACUGCAGAGCAUGAUUAUCGACCAAGGAACUAUGCUGGACCGUAUAGAUUACAACGUCGAGCGAAUGGGCACCGAGGUUAAGGCUGCAGACAAGGAGCUUAAAGUGGCUACGGGUUAUCAAAAACGAACCACUAAGCGCAAGAUCAUGCUGUUACUCUUCCUGAUCAUAGUGGGAAUGAUCAUUGUACUGGUUGUGAAACCAAAGGGAGGCAGUUCAGCGCCGCCACCACCUGCACCCCCAGAGGAUGAAUCUUCAAACAACAUCCGGUCUGUGUUGGUUAACCGGGUGCGAAGGCAUCAGCUGUCGAACCGCUUUGCGCGAGAUCGCUGGAUGGAUCCGGAUAUACUCCGAUGA